AUGGCCUCCAGGCGGGCACAGCAAACCACCUACUGGUCGGUUGUGCAUGAGAAAUUCCUUCCUAUUCCCAAUCUCAGCUGCAAUUUCAGUGCUAUGCAAAUCAACAGACCCCUUGUGUCCCCAAAGGGAUCAGAUUCAGGUCUUCAUGUUCAGCUCCACCCUCUGGUUGUGCUCAGUGUGUCCGAUCAAGUCACUCGACACCUGGCACGCCAGCAAACUGGCCCUGUGAUCGGUGCUCUUCUAGGCCAGCAGAAUGGUCGGGAGAUCACGCUAGAACAUGUGUUUGAAUGCCCGGUCACCGUGGAUGCGGCCAAUCAAAUCAUCUUACCUGCUGCUUGGUUUGAAGAGCGCCUGCAACAAUUCAAGGAUGUUCACAAAGACCCCGCUCUUGACUUGGUCGGAUGGUGGUCAAUCGCUCCGGAAACUGGCCCAACCUACGCUCAUCUCGCUCUUCAUCAACAGAUCCUCCAAGACUAUAACCAGUCGGCGAUCUUUCUCACGUUCCAUUCCUCUUACACCCGAGCUUCAGACUCGCGUGGUGCCAAGGUUCCUAUGUCCAUCUACGAGAGUGUUUACGAAGGCGAGGCUCCCGAGCUCGACAAGAACAUGCAAGUUGACGGCGAGGAGUUCCCGCUCAGGUUCCGGGAGAUUCCAUACUCGGUGGAGACCGGGGAAGCGGAGAUGAUUGGAAUCGAUACCAUAGUUCAGACUUCGGGCGAUGCUUCUUUGACGGAAGCUCAGGGAUCGGCUAAGGGCAAGAAGGAUAAACAGACCGCUGAGAAUGAGCUCACGCAAGAGGAAUUGGAGAUGAUCGGAAGCUUCCGCACCCGCAUUAACGCCGUUCGAACCUUGAAGUCCCGCAUUGCUUUCAUCGACGAAUACCUUGGCAACUACCAAGAUCUGGGAAACAACCCCGCAGGCUUCAAGUCAGGAAAAGCCCCCGCCUCAACUCAUGAACUUCUUCGCGAGACCAAAUCCCUUCUUUCACACGGCUCCCUCCUAUCGCCAGCUGAGGAUAGUUCCUUCAACGCCGAGAUGACUGCUCAAAGUAACGACGUACAGUUGAUCUCUCUGCUCGGUCAACUCGGUGAAGGUGUCAAGUCUAUGCGGGACCUCGGCCGUAAAACUGCCACCGUUCAAGCUAGCCAACAAGCAGCCAAUGCACGCCAGGAUCCCCGCUCAGUCAUGCAAAGGAUGAAUCAGGAUUUCUUUGCCCAGGGUGAACAUGGUGGAGACGAGUCUGGAAUGUGGUAG